CCAAAAAACAGAGAACUUCCGCCCAAACUCCAAAACUCUCUCCCCAGAUUCUCCUCUAAAAGGAAAAAUGAGCUUCUUUUCACUAGCAAGGUCGAAAUCCCAUUUCAUGCUUGCAGUUCCUUGGGAGUUAAAUCCUCAAGCUUGACAGUGCAGUUGGGUUUUCACUCUAAUGAAAAUAAUGGCUUCCCUGGAGCUUUUCUCUCAUCUCCUAAAAAGACAAAAAUUAAGAAGUUUUCUAUAGCUUGCUCUUCUUCUACUGCUGAUCCAUUGUUGGUUAAGGCCGCGAGAGGAGAACCUGUAAGUCGGCCUCCGGCAUGGAUGAUGCGGCAGGCAGGAAGGUAUAUGGCUGUUUACAGAAAGCUUGCAGAGAAACACCAAUCCUUCAGACGGAGGUCGGAGACAACUGACCUCAUUGUGGAAAUCUCUUUGCAGCCUUGGGAAGCUUUCCGCCCUGAUGGAGUGAUAAUUUUCUCUGAUAUACUUACUCCACUACCUGCAUUUGGUGUCCCAUUUGACAUUGAAGAUGUAAGGGGUCCUGUUAUUCAGUCACCAAUUCGUUCUGAGGAUGGCUUGAAGUCAUUGCAUCCAAUUGACUUGGAGAAACUACAUUUUGUUGGGGAAUCCCUUAAGAUUCUGCGCCAGGAGGUUGGAGGUCAUGCUGCAGUGCUGGGUUUUGUUGGAGCACCUUGGACAAUAGCCACAUAUAUAGUAGAGGGAGGUACAACACGCACUUAUACAACCAUAAAGAGUAUGUGCCACACAGCUCCAAAUUUAUUGAGGACUCUUCUUUCUCAUUUAACAAAGACAAUAUCUGAAUACAUUAUUUACCAAGUGGAGUCUGGAGCACAUUGCAUACAAAUUUUUGAUUCAUGGGGUGGACAACUACCACCUGAUAUGUGGGAGCAAUGGUCAAAGCCUUAUAUAACAGAGAUUGUGAGUUUAGUACGGAGUAAAUGCCCUAACACACCACUUGUUCUCUACAUUAAUGGAAAUGGUGGCCUCCUUGAGCGCAUGAAAGGAACAGGGGUUGAUGUGAUUGGACUUGACUGGACAGUGGAUAUGGCUGAUGGAAGGAAGCGUUUGGGCAGUGAUAUCAGUGUGCAGGGAAAUGUCGACCCUGCUUAUUUGUUUUCUUCACUUCCUGCAGUGACAGAGGAAAUUCAAAGGGUUGUUAAGUGUGCAGGACCACGUGGCCACAUUCUCAAUUUGGGUCAUGGCAUUUUAGUCGGGACACCUGAAGAAGCUGUUGCACAUUUUUUUGAAGUCACAAAAAGCUUGAAGUAUGACAGUUCAUUUCAAAAUCAUGCCGUGGAGGAAUCUAAAUUGGUAGUUUGAGAACAUUAGGGUUAGGCAAAAUCACGUAAUUUUUUUCUAUAAAUUGGCCAUUUAUGGUUAAAUUCACAUCUUAUCCGUGCAUCAUGAUCUAUUGAUCUCAAAUCAACUUGCAUUUUUAAAGGGAUGGAUUAGAGCUUGGUUUUUGUACAUGCUUGAGGAUAAGCCAAUUAGGUAUAUUCAUUGUGCCAGUUAGUAAUUGCUGGGGGAUGAAUCAGUAUCCUGCUUUUUUGUUGUAUAUUUGAAGUCUAUGCAUACUCAAGCUUUUGUUCGAGUUUUUUGUUUUCCCCUUUUACCUGGGUGGUAGAGGAUAUGAGCUGCAGAGACAUUCAAGAGCUUUGAAGUGACUAGUAAAAACAUGUGCAAAAGGAUGUAUGGACUAUAGCCAAAUAUUUACAUCCGUAAUGAAUUUAUUCUUUGACCUUA